AUGGGGUAAGUCUAUGCUUCAGAUUAUGUUGAAUUGUACUCAAUAAAUCCAAACAACCAAUCUUUGCAUUAAUCGGUUGAGAAAUCUAAAAUAAAUGAAUCCUUACAUCAUGCAGUACCUCCAAUAUAGCCUAAACCAAAACCAAGUUAAAUCAAGAGUGCCAACAUAGAUCAGAUAAAAGGACUAAGGAUCUAUAUAUCUUAAGAGAUUACUAAUGAAUUCCCUGACUUAGAUCCUACUUCUUAUGAAAGACAUGAUAUAGUCGAUGGAGAAUAUUAUGGGAGAUUGCGUGGUUCCAAUAGAGAAGGGGAUGGCGUCUUAUCUAUCAGAAGGAAGCCAAUGUAGAAGGGAUAGUAAGAAUAAGAAGAAGUCUACAAGUUUUUUGGAACAUAUCGAGACGGUUAAGCUGCUGGCAAUGGAUAUGCUAUUUUUAAUUAAGAUUACUCUUAUUGGGGAGAGGUCCAAAAAAAUGAAAUUAAGGGAAGAGGGAUCCUUAAAACCAAAGACAAUUCAACUUAUUAAGGGAUCUGGGAUGAAAGGAAAUUGAAAUAUGGCAUUCUUUAAACAUAACUCUAUAAAUAUGUGGGAUAAUUUAAAGAUGGUUUAAGAGAUGGAUUAGGAGAAUGUCAUUAUUCUGAUGGAACAGUCAUUAAAGGGAAUUGGAAAUAAGACAAUCUAUCUGAUUUAUGUCAAAUCCAAUAUCCUGAUAAUAUUGUGUAUAGCGGAUAUUUCUAUGAAGGAAUGAAACAUGGAUUUGGGCAUUUGAAAGAAGAAAAUUAUGAAUAUUUUGGUGAGUUUGAUCGCGAUGUUAAAAAUGGUCUAGGUCUAUUGAUUUAGCCAGAAUAAAAUUAGAUAAAUUAAUCUCAGCAUAAACAAAAAUAUACUGAAUUAAUGUAUUUUGAAGGAGUUCAAAAAGGAUUAUUUUGUGAAUACAAAGAUAAGCAAAAGAAAUAAUGGUUUGAAAUUAAUGAUGAUGGUACAAUUGAAAAUUUAGAUUUAAUCACUGAAAAGAGAUGCUUAGCUGAACUUUUAGGGUAGGAAAAGAGUUUAGAUCAGUAAAAAGUAUUAAUGCUAUUCUAAAUAAAGGCUUAAUUAGAGAAGAACAUUUAAGAAAUGAUAUGGAAUUUAAAUGAUAUCUAAAACAAUUAGAAUCACUUAAUGUCAUUAGAAAAACAAAUGGAUUCACAAACAAUUAAAUUAGGCCAACUUGCUUUAUAUUAAGAUUGGAUUGAACAAAAUAAAUAGUGA